AAUGGAUCCAAGAAGAUAAUGACGAAGUUCACGUUAGUGCGCAUGCUCGGCAGCUCGGCGGAAUUUUUGUUUGUUUUUGAAAAAAUAAAGAAGUUUUCGGUCUUAAAUGACAGGCGGUGCAAAGCUGAUACAUUCUUGAAUACAGUAGUUUGUGUCGUUCCCUUCGAAGAUUUUUCUGUUUUAGAAGAUAAGCGCUUCAACUCGAGGACUUUCAUAGACGGUUUCUGGCUUCAUAUAUUCCAAGUUGGACCUUUUUUUUUUUUUUAAAUCCAUCAGUCUGAUGAUGCCUCCCAGGAAAACGAUGAUGGCACCAUCAAAGCAGACAUCAGCUGUGGCUUCAAAGAUCAAAAACAAACUUAUCAACACCUCCUCCUUCUUCAAGGUCUCCCUGAAGACCAACAACAAGGCCCUGGCUCUCGCUCUGCAGGCCCAAAAGGAGAAGAGCAGGCAGCUUGAGAUGGAGGUGGUGCUCCUGCAAAAACAGGUCAAAGAUCUCUGCUUCCAGCUGGCCACUAAGAAACACAACCAAAGGAAACUGAUGCUCAUCUUGAAAAAUCUCCAUAAUAACACUCUGGACAUGAUGGCAGAACUCGUCUCUGACGACGAUUCUCCAAGACUGUCAGAGAGCUGCCACUCCCCAACGGAUAAAAACAAAGAGAACGAUGCAGCAGCGCGUAAACCUGAAACAUUAAGGAAUCCUUUCUGCCACAACAAAAACAUGGAAGCAACACCAGGUCUGCCAGAACGAAACCCUCAUCUAGAUGUUUUAAGUGUCCUAACCAGAUGCAGCAUCUCUUCUGACAUUUUUCAUGAAAACGCUGAGGAAAGACGUUUGAGUCAACAUGUUCGACCCACUCAGACAGGAUCGUGUUGUCCACCCCGCAGCAGCCUGAGGAGUGAAGUGGAGCGCCUGUCCAGAGUGUUGUCCCAGUCCAGCUCUGAAAUAAACUCUGUCCUCUGUCCUCAGAACAAUCAAACACAUGAAAACUCCACAACAUCCCUCUCUAGUGAUGUAAACGCUCCAAGUGUGUCUGCCUCAGAAGCUGAGCCUCAGUUAGCAAAAGCCGACAAUACAGUCCUUCUCAAUACGUCGAUGGAGAUUACGUUGAGUAACGCAGUUGAAAUCGUCACCGUGGAAACCAAAGCCAAGAAGAAAGGUCCUUCUCGUGAGACGAAAGGCACAAAGAGUCAACAGGCAGGUUCCAGUCCAGAAGUCCAGAAUGGUCUCAACCACAGACCAAAUAAGGAACCUGCGGAAAUUUCUACUUGCAUAAGUAAACAACCAGAAGAUAAAGACUCAGGAGUUCUUGAGGUAAAGUUACCCAAAAAACGUGGCAAUAAUAGGAAAAUAUCUCGCAUCCCCAAGCUUGGCAAUCAUCAGAAGACAUCCAAGAAUGAUACUGACUUCUGUGACACUGUCUCACAGGAAUUUGAUAAUUAUUUUUUCAACUCUAAAGUUAGCUUGUUGAAGGCUGGAGGCAGUGAACCUGAAGAAGGUUCAGCAGGUUCUGAAAUCACCUACAGACGGUCCAGAACUAAAGUAAGGAGGCGCUCUAUGGUCAUUCAAAAGACCCCAUUAGUCAGUCUGUCUCAUAAUGACAAGAGCCAACGGUAUGAAUCGGAGAAGGUCCACGAUGAAGAGGAAGCAGAAAACACAGAGCCACACCCACCACCUCCACUGGAGGUGGAUGGAGGUCCACCUCCACUGGACCUCCAUCCAGUGGAGGUGGCAGGUCUGGGGUCAGAGGAGAAUCAGCUUCCUGUAACCAGGAGGAAAACGCAGACCAGACCGAGAUGCAGAGGAACUUUUAUCAUCUCUGUUUCUAGGGACAGUAACUCCCCAGGUCUGGACUGUGACAUGAUGCUUCCUGGAGAGCCUCACUGGUCAGCUGAGGAGCUGAUGGAAGAUCUGGCUCAGAGUUCUGGUAAAAAACAUUUCCAGACAGAUCAGCAAACAGAAACCUGCAGUGCUUCAAAGCGCCCUCUGGUGGAAACAACAGAGCAUAACAUGAAAGUCCUGCUAACAAAUGAAUGCGACCGUUCAGAGAACCACACACGUAAAAAAUCCAGACGAGACAAAGCCGGAGGCUCCAGGAACAGGAUGACGUCAUCACUGGAGAAAUGUGCUGAUGGUUGCAACUCCAGGCAAAAGAGAAAAACAAGCAAAAGCAGCAAAAAGGUUUUAUCUGAAGAUGAAUCUGGUCUGCAACCCAUAUGUAGUGAGGAUCUUCUUUGCAGCCCUUACAGUCUGGAUGUCAGGAAGGAAGGUGAAGAGGAUUUUCAGAUGCUCUUCAGCCAUGAUCAUUAUGACAUUGGUGAAAAUCCGCCUGAUCCUAAAGUCUCCAAAGGCAGGAAUUCUCCAAAACCACAGAGGAAGACAAAGCUGCACACAGCAGCCGAAACCAGGAACCUAACAGAGACGUUUGUCAUCCACAGACCGACAUCUCUGGACAAAAGCAAGAGUAUUUCUGUCAAUAGCACAAGGAUAUCUGUUGCUAGUGAUGAGACGACUCAUCUGGAUGCUGGCUUUCUGCUAAUGGAUGUGCAGCCACCAUGGCUGCUUGGAGAGCUCAACACUGUGGACCCAGAAUCCAAUUCUGUACCCAGUUCUCCAACCAGGAGCCCAUCAUGCAGGCUGGAGGUGACUGAGGGGUCAACUAGAGCCUCACCAGCAGAAAGAGUUCUAACAACUGUUACCAACACCUUUCCAAACCCAUAUGGUGAAAACAAAGGAAGAAGCAGGAGAAGGGACUGUGUGGUCAGCUAUAAGGAGCCACCAUUGAACAGGAAAAUUAGACGUGGGGAUGAUUUUACAGAGAACACAUUCCUGAGUUCUCCGGUGUUUAAAGACAAGAAGAAGAAGAAAAAGAAGACGAAGCAGUAGCUGAAACCAGUGGGGUGGGCUGUGGACAAACUUUUUUUUUUUUUUUCCUUGUGAUAAAUCCAAUGUUUUAGUUUCCUGCAGCUUUUCAAAGUUAUUUGAACGCUUGUCAUUUUAACUCAGAAUGUGUUCAGAUUUGUAGUAUUACUUUUUAGAUUUUUCACAUUGGGGAUGUAACAGCUGUUUGCUCCUGAUGGGAGGCCAGCUGUAAGUAAUUGAGUGGAAGCUGAUAACCUGAUGCUCCCUGUGAUGUUCAGCUGCACAGGAUAAAGACUCAGUGUAGCCAACCAUGUUUAGGAUUUGCUGUGUGAGCAUGCCAAGUGAAGAUCUCCAAGCUCCACUUUCUGCUCCAUCAGCUUGUGCUGUGAGUACAAAUCUUAACAUCUUGGAUCUGUUGAAGUUUGUAUGUUUUUUUAUUUUUAUUAAACAUGUUUAUCAGAAAACUUAAA